AUGUCUGAAGCUACUACUGUUCCUCCUGUUGAAACUGUUUCUGAACCAAACCCAUUGAUUGUAUUUGCUACUGUUGCCACUAUUAUUAGUGUAUUUAUUGGAUAUUAUUUCCUUCAACAAUCCAAGAAACUUAAACCAGUUUUAAAACCAGAUGAGUUUCAAAAAUUCCCUCUUAUUGAAAAAAUCAGAGUCAGUCAUAACUCAGCAAUUUAUAGAUUUGGGUUACCAAAACUGACUGAUAGAUUAGGAUUACCAAUUGGUCAACAUAUUUCUAUUGGUGCUACUAUUGACGGUAAAGAAGUUGUUCGUUCAUACACUCCAAUUUCUACUGAUGAUCAAUUGGGUCACUUUGAUUUAUUAAUUAAAACUUAUGAAAAUGGUAACAUCUCUAGACACGUUGCAGGAAAGAAUGUUGGCGAACAUAUUGAAAUCAGAGGUCCAAAAGGGUUUUUCACUUAUACUCCAAAUAUGGUUAAAAGUUUUGGUAUGAUUGCUGGUGGUACUGGUAUUGCACCAAUGUAUCAAAUCAUUAGUGCUAUUUUGAAGAACCCUGAUGAUAAAACUAAAAUUCAUUUAGUUUAUGCUAAUGUUACUGAAUCAGAUAUUUUAUUGAAAGAAGAAUUAGACAAUUUUGCUAUUAGACACCCAGAUAGAUUAAAGAUCCAUUACGUUUUGAAUGAAGCUCCAGCUAAUUGGCAAGGCUCAGUUGGAUUUGUUACUCCAGAAAUCAUUGAUACUCAUUUACCAAAGGCUUCAAAUGACACUAACUUGUUAUUGUGUGGUCCUCCACCAAUGGUUAGUGCUAUGAAAAAAGCUGCUCUUGAAUUAGGAUUCCAAAAAGCAAAACCAGUUUCUAAAUUAGGUGAUCAAGUGUUUGUCUUUUAA